CCAACAGCCUGAUCUCCAUCUCGCUCGCGUUUGACCCUCUAUUACUUUACUUAGAAUCCUGUUUGUUCGCGACUGUGAUGGAUGCGUUCUCUCCGAAAUUGCGACCAUGGAUGAGAUUUCAUCCGCCGGACGACAUGGCCAUCGACUUAUUGAGGGCAAAGAUCACUGGGAAUGAUGAUUUAGUCGACUUCAUUCCCGAAGCUCAGAGUUGCGAAUGGGAGCCCUGGGAUUUGAAAAACUGGUUAGAUUCAAGUUGCAUAAAGACAGCAUAUCCAGAGUGGUGGUUCUUCUCGCGACUGGAUCUGAAGCAUCGAAGUGGGAAUCGAUCGAACAGGGCAACCAAUGCUGGGUACUGGAAAGUGACUGGAAAGGACAAGAAAAUCAUGUCUGACUUGGGAAUGAUUGGAAAGAAAAAGUUUCUGGUAUUCUAUAGAGGGCGACGUAAAGGCAAGAAAACAAAUUGGGUGAUUCAUGAAUACCACAUGACCCAUCCCGCUCAGAACGCCUAUGUACUCUGUCGAUUAUCCAAUAAACACGAAAAAAAGAGUAUUAAAGAUCCAAACUUUAAUGAUGCUGGACCUGCUGUUUCAUCUCCCGCCGCAUCCAAAUCUUGUCCUGAAGAAUAUGAGUCUGAGCUACUUCUUGCCUCAGUAUUCCCGGCAUCAGAAGUGCAAGCUACUACAACACCUGGAAAUUUUGAUGGAACAAUAUACAUCACUACAACACCCGUCGUGUGUGAUGACAAACAUUUUAGUGCUCAUGCUGCAGAGAAUCAACUGGGAGAACUUACCACUACCAAUGAUGAUCUGCAACUAGGAGAAGCAUCGAAAAUGACCUUUGAGCUGCAGCAAAUAGUAGCUUGUGAAGUUUUGACACCCUCAACUUCACCCCACAAUACCCUUACUGUUUCAUCCCCUACCACAGCUAAACCUUCUCUAGAAGAAAUAGAGUUUGCGCUAGGCUUGGAUUUGGUAUCUCCUGAAGAAUAUUUUGAUGGAAAGAUGCUGAACACUAUAGCAUCCAGUAAUUGUAACCAAAAUAGUUAUGAUGCUUGCACUGCAAGAGAUGAAGUGCCUGACGUAACAGCCUGUGAGGUUGAUUUGCAGUUUGAGGAAGGCUUGAGUAUGUUUGAUCUCCUACCGGAGCCACCUGAUUGCAACUUGUACUCCUCGUUCCCCUUGGAUAUCCAAUUUGGCAUGUCUUACCCCGUCACCAAUGACUUGAACAACACUCAAUGUGGGAUGUAUUUUCAGUAUGGUGCUAGUGAGCCUGCUGCAUAUGGCUAUGAAUUUUCAGAUCCAACACUUGAUUUUCCUAACGAGUACAUUCAAAAUACGUUUGUCAGUCAAAAGAAUCUCACUUUGGUCUCUAUUAAGGACAAUGGAUCAUGCAGUGGGUUUGAUGCAAAAAUGGCCAAUAAACCGCUUGAAUGUUGUGACCAAAAUAGUUAUAAUGCUUACACUGCAAAAAAUGAAGUGCCGGAAGCAACAGCCAGUGAGGUUGAUUUGCAGUUCAAGGAAGGCUUGAGCAUGUCUGAUCUCCUACCAGAGCCACCAGAUUGCAACUUGUCCUCCCUGCAUCCCUUGGAUAUGCAAUUUGACAUGUCUUACCCCAUCUCCAAUGACCUUGCCUCAUAUGGCUAUGAUUUUCCAGAUUUAGAACCUCAUUAUGUUAAUGAGAACCUUGCAAAUAUGUUUGGAUGUCAAAAGGAUCUCACUUUGGCCUCAAUUAAGGACAAUGGAUCAUGCGGUGGUUCAGAUACAAAAAUGGCCAAUGCAUCGUUUGACUCAACAAUUCAAGAUUCUGGAGAGAUGAGCAAAAGAAAGGCUUCAUCAGGGUUGCCAAAUCUGGAAUCCCACCUGGUACGGAUGGGAGGUUCUUUCAAAUCAGAUCGUGGGAUGGUAUCCAAAGGUUAUGAUUAUUAAAUGCUUAAUGAAAUUAGUAUCCGAAAAUUUCAUUAAGCCUUUUAACCCUUGGGACGUAGUUUACAAAUACAAAAUCUUCUCUCAUAAAGUUAUAUUGAAAUAAAUUUUUAAACCUACCUACCUACUUUCCCAAAGUCAAAAUUUAUUUUUUCAAAAAAUAUUUACUCAAAUUGUUUUCUACCUUUUCCAAAAACUCAAUAAACAAAACAUCUCAAAAUAAUUCUUCAAAUUUUGAGAGAUGUGUAUUGUUUAUAGAUGUUUGGUAAAUGAGAGAAAAUUUGAAUAAAUCUUUUUAGUUUUUUUUAUUAAUCUUUAUGAAAAGUGGAUAGGUAGUAUUGAAAAGAUGCUUGAAUAUGAUUUUUUAAGAGUAGUUUUUAUUUUUGUGUUUGUAAUAGUCUUGAUUAUUGAGUUUUUAUAAUAAUUGGAUGUAGAGUUGAACUAGUGAAUUAUUUUUUUUUAAGAAUUUGGAAAUGUUUGCUUUGAAAUCUUCAAAUUUAUUGAUUACUUUUGGUAACCAAACAAGGCAUCCCAAAACCUUUUUGUCAUGUUGUAGAGUACCAGAGUCACAAAAUACACCAACCAAAACAGUCCAUGACCCCAACGACCUCCAAAAACCCAACAAUUUGAAUUUCUUCACAUUUCUACCAUCAAACCAUAACCUAAUGAUGCCCUAAAAAGGGUCCUUACAUCCAUGAAACUUUAGCCAGACAGGGCCUUAAGUUUCAUGGAUGAUGUCAUGCUGAAUAAUUAUUAGAACCCUCAUUUAAAUCUGGUUCUGAUAAUCAUCUGGAUGAUGCCAUAUGAAAUGAUUCUCAGGAUUCGUUGAAAAUAAGAUUCUUAUAAUCACAUGGAUGUUAUUAAAUCAAAUGAUUAUCAGAAACCUGAUAAAAAGAUCAGGUAUUUAUAAUCAUAUGAAUAACACCAUACCAAAUGAUUAUUUGAACCUGAAAAACAGGCUCUAAUCAUCAUAUGGAAAAUGAUUAAACAUGGGUUCUUCUUCUUACCCAUUACAUUUGCACUAAGUCAAGAUAGUGUGAUCUGUGUAUUUGACCUGGAAUUUUUCUGGAUUUACCUCCUUUCAAGAACUUGUCAAGACUUCAUGGAGUACUUCUGCAACUAUAUUUACGGCAGGUGAAAAUGCAUCACCAGGGAAGUGGUCAUGGGAGAUUAGCAACCAUGGAAGAUAGAUUAAGAUGUGUACUUUUGUUCAAUCUACUUUAUGUUGCAUGUAAAUAACUUUGGUUUGCACUUGAGCUAUAGACAAUUUGUUAAAUAAUGUUGUAUUGGGUUUGAAGACAUCUGUCAAAUACUCUUAAGGCUCACGCACGAUGACAGAAGUUUAUUUUAUUUGUACCUUCAAGUUAAGGAGAUUUGAGCUUAAA